ACUUAAAAUUUCCCUUUCCAUCCAUGUUAUACAACAUCCUAUUUUCGAAAUCUAGAGAGUUCGCCUCAUUUAUUGCGGUUCGCGUCGCCGAAUGCGCCAUGGGCGCAAGCAUUUCUACCCAAAAGAUCUCUGAAGAAGAUCAGUUGAAACGGCAAAACUUACAGAGUGAACUUGGCAAGAUGCAACACAGUUUGCGAGUGACGGCAGCUGCUCAUUACUUAUCUUCAGAGCACUAUAAAAGCCUGGAUACAAAGCUUCAGUUCGCGUCAGUGAUCUUGGGAAGUUUUGGGACCGCGGCAAGUGUGGCGUCUAAAUUGGCCUGGAAAAUGAUGGUUUCAAACAGUCCUCGUAUCGCACCGAUCGUAGUUGCGACUUCCACAACUUCAGUACUCUUCACAGCUGUUGUGAAUAUACCAAAUGUUCAAAAUGCGCCGGCUAAUUUGUACAAGGCUCACUUUAAGUCUGGUAUUCAAUGCCAGUACCUCGAGAAGCGAGCGAAGUUUCUGUCGGAAAUGGAAGUGUGGGAUACAAAGAUUUCUUGGCAAACUCUUGCCAGCAAAUACGAUGCUUUGCUCAAGGAGAAGACAGAAGUGAACAGCCAAAUGCAAUCGGAGUACUGGGCUUACCGCAAGGCGUUAAAAAAAAACGAGGAAAAACAACUGGAAAAAAAGAGAAAAGAGGCUUUUUACCAGCAACCAGAAGGAACUCAACCGUUACAUCAUGUUAGUGCUGAAUAGUUUUAAAAGUUUCAGUUUUGCGUGUCAUCAGAGUUGGAAAUAAAAGGAUAGAACGUUCCCCUCAGGGUAUAAUUUUAACAUUUCCGGAUAGAAACUGCGAUCGACCAUGCGGUAUUUUUGUUUUGAUUAUUUAGAUAUGAACUAAAAUUUUACUUUUUGUUGUCGCUUUCCGUACCGACAGAAGCUUUACGUGAAUAUCGUUCAUCGUGUCACAGCACAAGAUAUAUGCAAUUUACAUUAGACCACUUUUGUAAACAUUAUUGUAAUUAUACCUUUUACAUAGACUUAGAGCCUAUUUCAAAACAAAAGAUGCGAUAGUUUAGUUGUGUAUAAACCUAAGCAUUAUGCUGCUUUCUGUUUCAAGAAUUUAAUUUUUUAAAAUAUCACUGCCGUGAUGGUAUGCUAGGAGAUCUUUCCAGUUCACUAUGCUACCAUUAAAGUUCUUAAUAAUAACUUUUGAUCCUUAGUUCUAUCUUUGGAUUCGUAAUUAAAAGUUGGAUCCGUAUGUUGUAAUAACUUUGGAUUUGUAUUUGGAUUGUUAAGGAAGUUUGCUCCUACACACACAAAAAGAUUUAUCUUAACUAAUGAAAAAGUAAAUAUGAAACUGUGACAUUCGUUGUUGUUUGAGAUUCCAAGGAGUGACCUAACCUGUCAAAAGUUGACCUCUGAUGAGUUCAAAUUUAGACUAAGGACUCCGCUAUUUUGAAUACUGCUCAGCAAACUG